AAAGGGGAGGAAGUUUGUAGGUAGAAAAGACUUUUAAAGGGUAAAAUAGAUAAGAUUUGUCUUAUCUAAUGAAAACAAAAUUUAUUGUUUGGCGACACUGGAAAAAGAUUCCUGCCUUUGUUUUGGUUUUAAGCGGUGUUAGUUAUUACACACAAUACCUUCGCUCUCGUUCUUACCAAAUAUAUUACCAGUCCCUGGCCUCGAGCAUAGGCGGUCAACCUCUUCCUCCUAGUUAUGCCCCGCGCUCACUUUCGGUCAUUAUUGAUGUUGAGAGCGGCAACAGGCGCGCAAGAAAAGUUUACGCAAAGUACGUUUCUCCUAUCCUUUUAGCGGCUGGAUGCAAACUUCGAGUUUUGGAAGUUAAAAGUUCUGAACGGCUGGAAGAAACUGCUGCCACGUUAGACGUUAAUGAUGAAGACGGGAUUGUUGUGGUGGGAGACGAUGAUUCCCUCCGAGAUUUUAUAACAGGCUGGAUGACUCGUAGAGAUUUUUCUUCUCUCCGGAGUCUGCCGGUGGGGGCCAUCCCAACGGGAGGGCAUGAUGCAAUUAUAGAAAGCCUCAACAUAAAAAGUGCUGCAAACAGGGCCGCUGCGUUGUGCCAGGCUGCAUAUAUUAUAGCAAAAGGGCAUGACAACCACUGCUAUUAUUAUUGUUGUUGUUAUUGUUAUUAUUAUUAUUAG